AUGGAGUCUAGACCCGCCAAUCGUAAUUCGGAUCCAAAUUUAAACCCGGAUCCGAAUUCCGUCGGUCCUCCUUCUGUUCUAACCUAUCUCGAUCCUCACUACUGGGACGAGAGGUUCUCUUCCGAGGAACACUAUGAAUGGUUCAAAGACUACUCUCAUUUCCAGCAUCUCAUCAAAUCCAAUAUCAAAACCUCUUCUUCUGUAUUGGAAUUGGGAUGUGGGAACUCUCAGUUGUGUGAUGAAAUGUACAAAGAUGGGAUUGUUGAUAUUACAUGUAUUGAUUUGUCUUCUGUUGCGGUACAGAAGAUGCAGAGUAGAUUGGUAUCAAAAGGGUACAAAGAGAUAAAAGUGGUGCAAGCUGACAUGCUAGAACUCCCAUUUAGCAACGAGUCUUUUGAUGUGGUUAUUGAGAAAGGGACCAUGGAUGUACUGUUUGUGGAUGCUGGUGAUCCAUGGAAUCCGCGUCAAGAAACUGUAAGCAAAGUCAUGGCAACUCUUGAAGGAGUUCACCGGGUUCUGAAACCAGAUGGGGUUUUCAUUUCCAUUACAUUUGGCCAGCCGCAUUUCAGACGUCCUUUGUUUAAGGAUCCUAAGUUUACGUGGUCCAUGGAGUACAAUACAUUUGGCGAUGGCUUCCAUUAUUUCUUUUAUAUCUUGAGAAAGGGAAAGAGAUGUAAUGAAGAGAAAGAAGAAGAUGAGAAAUGCAAUGAUCCAUCAAUAUCCCUAUAUCAAGAUGAACUUGAAGGCGAAGACUACAUCUUCCGAACACACAUCGAUGGUGACGAGGAUUAG